CACAGUUUGUCUUUACUGACACCACAUUUCUUCGAAUAAAAGAGAUACUGGGUUUUAUUUACAAACGUUUGCUAGUUGUUCCUACAUAGUCGACGACAUGUAUUUACAUCUUCAAUCCAAAAGCAGAUUUCUCGACCUUCACUUGACCAGCGGUUUACAUGACUGGGACAUGAAUGAGGAAAUAAAGUUAACGACGACGACUGAUCAGUUUUACCACGAUGAUAAGCGGUCUGACCAGUAUCUGGCUCAGUGGCACUUCGCGAGGAUCUCCAGACGAUCAUUACCAGCAGCAGAGCACGGGAGCUACCAGCUGCCCCUCAGCAGCAGAGAGCCUGAAAUACAACCUAAUCUGUGGCUGAUGGUGAAUCCCAGUUUAGCCUGCCCCAUAAAGUACCCUAGUAAUUACCCCAAAGCCCCAACACCCCCAAAACCGACACCGAAGUCAGCACUGCCAAGGACCACCACACCUGUUCUGGAACACCAUCUGCACCCAGCGAUACUGCCUGAUGAGACCUGCCUGAAUGAGUCAACGCACGAUACCUCCCUCUCCAGCGAGUAUCAGGUCACAGACGAAGAUGACGCUUCUUCUGUAGAUGUGCCUGUUUGUCGUAAGGUAAAGGGUGUGCGGAAGGGGGGGACCCCCAAAGCGUCUACUCGCAAACUGGGUCUGACGCAGAAUAGAAGGCUUCAGAGAGCCCUGCAGGACAGUAUGAACCUGAAGAACGGCGGAUGGCCUCGGCCUCCUGUUAACUACUGCAUCCUCAUCGCAAUGGCACUCAGCAGCAGCCGUAAUGGCAGUCUUAACGUACAGCAGAUCUAUAACUUCACCAGAGAGCACUUCCCCUUUUUCCUUACAGCUCCAGAUGGGUGGAAAAACACAAUCCGCCAUAAUCUGUGUUUCAGCAACAGUUUUAAAAAGACCCCGCAGCAGGUGUCUGGAGACGGCAAGAGGAAGUCGUGUCUGUGGCAUCUCACUCUGGAUGGCCGACAGAGACUGAGAGAUGAAAUUAACAUGCUUACGGGAGAUUCCUUCAGAAUGCUGAAGAGGAGCAUGAACUAUCCAGAUAUGAUUCAAGCACUGUUAGAGCUGUGAUCCAACUUUGACCCCUGUGACAUCAUCAGGCUGGACAACUGGACCUGCUGUGAUUUGAUUUCUUUAUGAACUUGUGAAUGUUAGCACUUUUUGUUAUUAUUGUGUAACUUUUCUUUUUGUGUCUGUCAUUUUGUUUUUGAUUUUCUUCAAUGACACAUUGUGCCUUAUAAAAUAAACAAAUGCAUUUAUGGA